GGGCAGUGGCCCCGCAGCGCUGAGGAGCGGAGUCCCGGGAGCGCAGCCGGAGCGCUCAGCCUCAGCAUGAGCCCGGCCGUACGGAAGGUGGAGGCUUCGGGCGAGGGCCGCUUCGUCUGCGUGCAGUGGGAGGACGGGAGCGAGAGCAGCUACCCUUGCGUGUGGCUGAGGGACAGCUGCCAGUGCCCCCUCUGCUUCCUGCCCUCCGCCGGAGCGCGCAGGCUGCUCCUCGAGGAUCUGGAUGUCAACAUCGCGGUGAAGCAGGUUGCUCUGGCAGAUAGCAAAAAGAUCUCUAUUACAUGGCCUGAUGAACACACAAGUGAAUAUGAAGCUGAGUGGUUGAAAAAACGAUGCUUCUCUGAAGAAGCCAGAGCUAUAAUGCGCGCAGAUUUAUUUUUACCAGAACGUCAGUACUGGGGCUCAGACCUUCAACUUCCCAAAAUACCUUUUGAAGAAAUAAUGUACAAUGAUGAAAGUGCAUACAAGUGGUUGUGCACCCUAAAGAAAUUAGGAAUUGUUCUACUGACAGGAGCUGCUGCAAGGCAGGGAGAAUUGAUUAGACUUGGCCACAGGAUUGGGUUCCUUCGUCUGACAUUUUAUGGACCAACUUGGCAAGUGCAAGACAAAGCAGAUGCUAACAAUGUAGCUUAUACAACUGGGAGACUCUGUUUUCACACUGAUUACCCGGUUCUGCAGCAUCCACCUGGGGUUCAGUUUCUUCAUUGUAUAAAGCAAACAGCUGCAGGAGGUGAAAGUGAAGUUGUAGAUGGAUUUCAUGUAUCCAACAAGCUGAAGAAACAAAAUCCUGAGGCAUAUCAGAUCCUGACCUCUACUGCUGUAGACUACACUGAUGUUGGUGUGGAUUACUGUGAUUUUGCUGUGCACUGUAAACAAAGGAUUAUAGACACAGAUUCUAGAGGCCAAGCAACUCGCAUCAAUUAUAAUAAUGCAACAAGGGACACAGUGUUUGAUAUACCAGCUGAAAAAGUGAGACCAUUUUAUGCAGCUCUAAAGGAAUUUAAUGGUUUAUUGAACAGCCCAGAACACAAGUUUACUUACAAGUUGAAACCAGGAGACAUACUGACGUUUGAUAACUGGCGUGUGCUUCAUGGUCGCCAAAGCUACCCAUCCUGUUCAGACGUGACACGUCACCUGGAAGGUGCCUAUGCAGACUGGGAUGUAGUCAUGUCAAGGCUCCAGCUCCUUAGGAAAAUGGUCCUGAAUAGGGAUUGAGCUUUCUUCUAACUAGAAUGAGCAAAACGUAGAUUACCUAACCUCAAUCACAACAGCAAUAUUAAAAAAAUUAGUCUUCUUUUCAGAAACUAACAUCACUUUUGACAAGGGCUUGUCAUAGAAUCAGGGUAAAGGCUUUGAACUGACAGAGGGUAGGUUUUGAUUAGAUAUGAGGAAGAAAUUCUUUCCUGUGAGGUACUGCAACAGGUUGCUUGGAGAAACUGUGGCUGCCCAGUCCCUGGAAAGUGUUCAAAGCCAGGCCAGGUGGGGCUAGCAGCAACCUGAGUUAGUGAAAGGUAUCCUUGCUUAUUGUAGAGGGAAUGAGAUUGUCUUUAAGGUGCUUUUCAACCCAAGAGAUUCUAUGAGUCUGUCAUAUAUUUUUGAUUUCUAUAAGCCAAGAAACAUUUUGUUCAUAACAAUUUAAGAUUUAUCUGUGCCCUGGUCUUUGAAUCUAGGAAAUAUAUUGCUAUGUCUGUAAGUUUAUGUGCUUUUAUAAAAGCAGUAUGUAAAGCGGCUUGAAAGAUUAUCACUUCAUUGGACUGACUGUGGAUCACAAGAUCUGCCUUUGCCUUUACAUAUCUACCUGCCCUCCCUAGAAGGCUUGAAAGGUAAAAGGAAAAAAGUACAGUUAACUAAAUUUUGUUACAAAUGGCACCUUCCUUUAUUUUCAGAGAAGUAUUCUUUAUUGCAUAAAUCAUAACUAAAAUUCACUAUCAAAAUUUUUAAAAAACCACUACCGUGGUGUUAUUUUUAAAUACACACCUUUCUAGGUAGGACUCUGCUGUAAUACAUGAUGUCAUUGAACACAGGCUGUAUUUGCUACAUCCAACUGUACACCUUUUGAUUAUCACAGCCACAAAUAAAUUUUCUUACAUUUCCAAGUCCAUAAGCUCAGAAAUCAUAAACCUACCAAAGAAUGCAUCAUAUUAAUGUUCCUCUGCAUUAGGAAGAUAAAUCACUCUCAGUGCAGAGGUCAUAGACAGGAUCAGAAAUCGUAUCAGAGGCCAUGUAAAGACCUAAGGUCUGUACAGCAGAUUUUUGAGUAGAGUCAAAAGGAGGAACACUGAUGAUGCUUAGUGGCUAGAAACUACAAAAUAGAAGUGGGUAUUGAAUUUGCAUGUGGCAGAAACAGGGUAACUGAACCCAAAUCCAUUUUUGUUACACCUCCAAUAGGUCUUUAGGUUGUUUUCCUCUACUCUGGAUUCUGAAUAAAAAUCACACUAUCUAGAAAUUACUGCA